CCUUUAAUCUAAAUAAACUACAAAUCAGUCUAAACCUCUCUCAAAUACCCAUCUCUUUAGCGCAAUCAUGACCCAACUCACUUGGCUUAUCACGGGCUGCUCAUCCGGCUUCGGAGAGGAGCUUAUUCUUAGUGUUUUAGCCCGAGGCGAUCGAGCUAUAGCCACCACUCGAGGAUCUACAGAUCGUAUCAAACAUCUAAAGGAUGCCGGUGCAGCUACCAUGUCGCUUGAUGUGACUGAUUCACAAGCGGAACUCGAUGCAAAAAUCCAAGAGGCCCUCAAAAUUUAUAAUGGCAUCGAUGUCCUAAUCAACAACGCUGGAUACAUUGAGGCUGGAUUAGUGGAGGACGUUACUCAUGAAAGACUUGUCGCAAGCUGCAACACCAACCUAUUUGGGCCUAUCAACUUGACUCGUUCAAUUCUUCCUCACUUUCGGCAACGAAAAGCUGGAACUAUUAUAUUCAUGGGCUCCGUUGGUGGCUGGCAGGGUGAGGUUGGUGCAGGCCCGUAUUGUGUGGGAAAAUUUGGACUGGAAGAAUGUCUUCAAAAGGAGACAUCUCAGUUUGGUAUUCGGACUGUGAUAAUUGAGCCAGGCUACUACCGUACAAAAGUAUACUCUGAAGCCAAUUACGAACCCACGCAAACUGCUUUGGAAGGUAUGGUGAAGGCUGUUGAUGGCAAUCAACCCGGUGAUACAAAGAAGGCCGCAGACCGCAUCGUCGAUAUUGUCAGACGAGAAGGGUUGGCUGCUGGCAAAGAAACCCCAUUAAGACUUCCUCUGGGGCCAGAUUGCCUCCAGCAGAUUAAAGACAAAUGCUUAUCCACCUUAAAGAUCUUGGAGGAUUGGGAAGAGCUCAUUGUUAGCACAAAACUUGAUGGCAAAUAG